UGAGGGUACUAUAAGCAGUUUGAUAACAGAGAAUUCUCAGAAUAUCUUCAAACUAUGGCUUGAUAAUAUUGAUGAAAGAUUAAGAGAAGCCAACAAGACUAAUAUUGAAGAGCUGAAAGAAAUCAAUUCAGAUUUUGAAAACAUACUAAUCGCUUGAAGGAACAAAGUCCAAGAGCUUAGCAAUCUGCAGCAAGAAAUGAGGACUCCUAGCUCUUCUGAAAUCGAAAGAAUUCUUGGAAGGAUCAAAGAGAAUUCGCAAAAUUAUUUUCUAAAUAACAUUAAGUUUCUUAAAUGAAAAUGGGAAAAUUUAGAUGAGAAAAUUGAACAAGCUCUUACCAAAGCUCAUAAAAAUGAAAAGACUCUCACAAUAAUGAAGAAAAUUCUGAAUCUUUCUUUCGAUGAAUCUAUAGAAACAAUAAAAGAGUGAUUCCAAGCUUUAUGCAGCAGUAUCAAGAUGAUACAUAAAGAUACAGAGUCUUCCGAUGAGCAUAAAAAUAUACUGAUCUUGCUUCAGAGCUUUUCUGACCAGUUGAUUGAAUUAUGAAAGAAUGCAAUUGAGGAAAAAUACCAUAUAAGCGAAUGUACCCUAUGUGAUGCCGACAGUUCCUCACUAAGUGAGCUGAUAUCAACUUUACAGUGGUUCCUCCAAGUUAAUGAGAUUUAUCACAAAGAAUUUGAGACUUUAAAGAACGAACUUAAUGUUGAUAGCAAAGAAAGUGAAUUUGAAUAUUUUCUGAAACAAACAUUUAGAAAUUUGGAUACUUUCUGAUUCUGAAUUGUAAGAAUUAUUAAACUGUUUACAAUCAUUCGACAAUCUCAAGAAUUGACUCAACAUGACUUAGAAGGGAUAAAGAAUGUCACAGAUAUCUAUAAUUCAUCAAUAGUCUUAUUUAAUGAAAAAUGUGAAGACCUUCUCAAUUCAGAUAUAAAUAUUUUUAAUGAAGCCUUUUAUGAAUUCUGUAAUUCUGUUCCCUUAUGACAUAAAGCCCUUCUAGAGUGCAUUGAGAAGAACCUUGAAUCAUUUGAAGGUAUUGAAGAUGCUCUCAAAGUUCUUUACAGCUUCAGAAAUAUUCUAAAAGAAGAAGACAUCAGAAGUUAUAUCGAAAUAAAGGAUGAAACAAUAUUGAAAAAUACUAAAGGAGAAGUUGGUGAUGCUCAAACAGAUGAGCAAAGAAAGCUCUAUAUAAGCUUAUGUGCUCUAAGUUUUCCUGAAGGUACUAAUGAAAUUCCUUGGUCCCAAUACCUUUACAGAAUGAUUAAUUAUUUACAAACAUCAGAAAGCUUGUUUAAAUGGCAAGAGAGCCAAGAUCUUAUUUAUAUAAAUUAUACAAAGAGUCAUACAGUGCUUAAUUUUGAAGAAGGUUUAAGAGAGGCAUGGUUUAACGAGAUUGAAAAAGCAGCAUCAGAUUUGGUGCAACCCCUUAUUAUUUAAAUCUGAGGCUGAGAGCAUAUUCUACGUCAAUUUCAAUCCUGAAAUACUAACGUUAAUUAGAGAAGCGAAGUGAUUAUUAAAAAUUGGAGUAGAAAUUCCAGAAAAAGCAAAAGAAAUCUUACAUCAAGAAGGCUGAUUGAAAAGGAAUAGUUAUGGGCUACAGAUCAUUCUCUGAGAGUAUAAUCAUUUCUAUUCCAAGAUAAAACCAGUCUAUAAGUCACUUUUGAUGCCUCUUCUUGAUGAUUUAGAGGUUACGUUUCAGCCAGGAAUGGAGAAUUUAAAGUGGAUAUCUGAAGAUGUUGAACAAUACAUCACCUCUUGACAUGAAAAAUUGAAAAAUUUAGAAGGAUUUAUUAACCAGAUAAACAAUGUCGUAGAGAAUGAAAUUGAAUGUAAACUCAAAAAUACUUCGAAGAUUGUAUUAGCAGAUUUACCUGAAGACUCUCAAAGCUUUACAACUAAUUAUUUCAUCGAAACUCAAGAAAAAUGGAAAUAAGUGCGAAUGCCAUAAGCUUAAGAUCAUUAACAUAGAAGUAGAAAACUCAGUGGAUAAAUUAAUAGAAUUACUUUCUUCUUAUUGCUUAGGCCAUAAUCUCUGCCCAAUUAAUCCAGAAGAAUCUCCAAAGCUUGUAAAAUACUACAAUUGGCAUAUGUAUCAAGCAUUAUUGCAAUUAACCAGACAGUCACUGAGAUCUCUGAAAAACAAAUUAUGCGGAACUACUAGAGGCACAGAUUCUUGUUCUACUUUGCUGUUCGACUGUUGUGUUUCUAUUGAUGUAACUGGCUGUAUAAUAUCUCCUUCUAUUAAUGACCUUCAGAAAACUGUGAAUCUAGAAGUUUCGGCGAUUUUAAAAUGCACAAAAGAAGUCUAUAACUGGGGGCAACAAGAAGUUCCAGAGAAUGAAAAAACUCCCUUCUAUGAUUGGAUCAUUAAGGAUAAAGAAAUAAUAAAACUAGUCCUUCUAUUGACAGGGGCUCUUCAAGGAUUGAGACCAAAAGUCACUGUCUUUAUGGAACAAUUUAGCCAAUAUAAAUGGCUCUGGAUAGAGAAUCCUGAAGAAAAUGAAGAAUGAAAAGAGAAAAUUGAAAAUUUGCCAAAUCUUGAAUGGAUUAAUAAUAUUCCAGAUAUUGAAAAGAUAGGAGCUUUAAAGAUUGAAACAACAGAAAUAAAGAGAAUUUUAACUGAAAAAGUUAUCGAAUGGAAGAAAGUAUGACUAAAACAGUAAUUUUUCAGCCAUAAGAUACUUCAAAUAUAAAUUUUAGAAUUUAGUUUUUCUAUCAUAUAAUAUCCCACCCCUGUCUACAACAUUUCCUAACAAUAUCUAAGUUC